AUGAAUAGUCAAGAACGAGUUUCAAAUUCAAAGAUAAGCGGGUUGCAAUUCUUGAAAUCUGACCCAAAGAUGCGCUAUUUAGUGGAAGCUAUCGAGAAAAAUCGGGGCGCAAGUAGGAUGAUGGACGAGGAGAUAGUUAGUACUUUAACUGAAAUCAGAAGUUUGGGUUCAAAAUAUGCCGACCCAAAUCUUGUAGGUCGCGCUGAAUUAUAUGAGGCGAUAGAUAGUGUUUUAAACGCAUUGAAAUCAUAUUCAGAGUAUUCAUCGCCGUUCCUAAAAAAAGUCUCAUCUAAAGAGGCACCGGAUUACAAUAAAAUAAUCAAACGUCCAAUGGAUCUGAGUCAAGUGUCAAAAAACUUCAAGAGUGGACAAUACAACUCCAAAAAAGAGUUUGCUGAUGAUCUAUAUCUAAUCUAUGACAACUGCCUCCUCUACAACACAGAUCCAGCAAGUUCUUUAAUAACACCUGAUAAUUACUAUAGGAAAUGUGCCAAUGCGAUGAAAAUAAAAACUGAUGAAUUACUCAAGAACGUUCCUGAUAUUGUCAUUAAAACUCGAGAAAAGUAUAACGAGGAAAUGAAAAAGAAAUCGGAAGAGGAAAUGAUGAAGAAGACCGCCGCAGAUGCCGCGGAAAUCGUUGCACAAGUGCAGCAAGAAAUUGCCGCAGAAGAAAAGCCCGAAAUGAAAGAACAGCCAUAUCUAAUCCAAGAGCAAGUCUCAACAGAAACUCCGCAAUUUCCUGUUGUCUGUUCUGAUGAAAUUAAUGAAGAUGAGUGUGACAGGGAAUUGCAAGAAAUGCUAAAGGGGUGGGAUGCCCCUCUUUCACAGGAGUUGUGGGAUCCAGAAAUAGAUAAUCCUGAUCGUGACAGAUUGUUUGAUCCCGAGUACUGGAAGGAGCAAGAGGCCAAACGGCCAACGCUCGAUCAAUACCCGCAACUUCAAUUCUCGAACCGUGGCACUGCUGCGAUGAUCGAGCAUAAUAUAGAGACGCUCAAGCAAACGCGUCUCCUUCACGCGAAACUGCUAGCGGCAAAACAUAACUUGCCGCUUAGUCAUUUUGGUGUAAAUGAAACUGCGCCAACUGAAAAAGCCACAAAUUGUCGAACACAGAUAGACCCAAAUAUCUCACCACCACUCGUGAUGAAUCGUGAAGCUGGGUUUGCAUGCAUGCAACGAGUCGUUCUAGUCAUUAACUAUUAUGUUUAUAUCUUUUCAUUAUGCGUAGGUGGCUCGUCGAUGGCCGUUAAUAUCUUAACUGAAGUUGCCCAGGAUUAUUUAUUAAGUCUAGGAAAGACGAUGAGGGCCUACAGGGAUGAUGUAUUUAACAAAAAAUCACCCGAGGAAAUUAUUAAAAAGACUUUGUAUGAGAAUGGCGCGACAUCCUUUAAAGAUCUUGAAUCAUAUGUUCGAGAUGACAUUGAGCGGUAUGGCAGCAAACUAAAAGACAUACAACGUCGUUUGGAGAUAGCUUAUAAGGAUUCUUUGAGUCAACCUGAUAAUACGGAGGCUGAUGAAGAUUUGCCAGAAAAUGAUGAUGUAUUUAUCACUGGUAAUUUAGGCGAGGGUAUCGAAUUAGGGGACGAUUUCUUUGGAUUAAAGGAACUCGGAUUAGGGAACCUUUCAGUUCCUACUAGGUUGUUGCUUGGAACUAAUAAAAUUAAGCCCGCUCAGAAAAAGACACCAGAUCAAAACCAAAGAAAGUCUCGGUAUACUCCUCCUCCACCAUUCACGCCCAUCGAUCCCGAUAAACAAAUUGGGCUGCUUACCGAGUAUUUCCGCAAUCGAUUGGAAGAUCAGAGCGGUAAAUUAAUUGAUGAUGAGUUUCUGCCACCGAAACAAAGGAAUCAAAGACCAAAGGUUCCCCCCACUGGUAAGAUCCCCCCACAACCUAAGAGACAGCCACCUAAGACUGCGGCACAGAACGCGGCUGCUCUUUUAGAGAAGAAGCGCAAGAGAGAGAGGGAUGCCGCCAUUGCAGAAGAGAAAGAAAAGGCUAAACGAAUCAGAAUAGAAGAACGCCUAAAAGCUCAACAAGAAAGAGAGGAGCAAAAACGUAUAAAGCAAGAACAACGUGAGGCAAAGAAAAAAGCCGAAGCGGAAGAAAAAAGAUUAAAGAAGCUUCAAGCGGAAGCCGAAAAGAAAGCAGAACGUGAAAAAAGAGCAGCUGAAGCGGCGGCUCAAAGAGCCGAAGCAAAGAAAGUAGCCGAAAAGAAGGAAUCAAAGAAGAAGAAACCCACAACAACUAAAGUGAACCGGACUCCCACAGCCACUAGUACACAACAAGUGAGAGGUGGAUCUUCUUCAAGUACAAUGGCUGGAUCAUCAUCAGCUGGUUCGAAGAAGAUUUUAGAUCAAAUUGAUGAUAGUGAUUCCGAAGAUGUUCCACUUGCUGUUAGAAAGAAAACCAGAACUAAAGAAGCGGCAAGCAGUAAUGCGCGUGGUGGUAAUGGGCGCGGUAAUAGCAGACCGCCUAAUAUAAAUUGA